GAAAGUAGCAGGUUAGGUGCAGCCGGCGGGGUGAGUGAGCGCGGGCCAGACUCGCACUCGGCUAUUGUUGCCAGGACAGCUAGUUACCGGGGGCUGCCGGGACCGCGGCGAGAGACAGGCCCAGCGGCAGCCAUGAGCGGCGGGGUGUACGGGGGAGAUGAAGUUGGGGCUCUUGUUUUCGAUAUUGGUUCCUAUACAGUGAGAGCUGGCUAUGCUGGUGAGGACUGUCCAAAGGUUGACUUUCCCACUGCUAUUGGUGUGGUACUGGAAAGGGACGAUGGCAGCACACUGAUGGAAAUAGAUGGUGACAAAGGCAAACAAGGGGGCCCUACUUACUACAUAGACACCAAUGCACUGCGAGUUCCAAGGGAAAACAUGGAGGCUAUUUCACCCUUAAAAAAUGGAAUGAUUGAGGACUGGGAUAGUUUCCAGGCAAUUUUGGAUCACACAUACAAGAUGCAUAUUAAAUCUGAAGCAAGUUUGCACCCUGUCCUAAUGUCUGAAGCACCAUGGAAUACCAGAGCAAAGCGUGAGAAAUUGACAGAACUGAUGUUUGAACAUUACAAUAUCCCUGCUUUUUUCUUGUGUAAAACUGCAGUUCUUACAGCCUUUGCUAAUGGUCGAUCCACAGGCCUAAUUUUGGAUAGUGGAGCAACUCACACCACUGCUAUUCCAGUGCAUGAUGGAUAUGUACUUCAACAAGGCAUUGUAAAAUCACCCCUUGCUGGAGACUUUAUUACUAUGCAGUGCAGAGAACUGUUUCAGGAAAUGAACAUUGAGCUAAUCCCUCCAUAUAUGAUUGCAUCAAAGGAAGCAGUUCGCGAAGGAUCACCAGCAAAUUGGAAGAGAAAAGAGAAGUUACCUCAGGUCACGAGAUCUUGGCACAACUAUAUGUGUAAUUGUGUAAUUCAGGAUUUUCAAGCCUCCGUCCUCCAAGUGUCAGAUUCAACCUAUGAUGAACAGGUGGCUGCACAGAUGCCGACCGUUCAUUAUGAAUUCCCCAAUGGUUAUAAUUGUGACUUUGGUGCAGAACGUCUAAAAAUUCCCGAAGGACUAUUUGACCCUUCUAAUGUAAAGGGCUUAUCUGGCAACACAAUGCUGGGUGUUAGCCAUGUUGUUACCACAAGCGUUGGAAUGUGUGAUAUAGACAUCAGACCAGGCCUCUAUGGCAGUGUGAUCGUAGCAGGAGGAAACACUUUAAUACAGAGUUUUACAGACAGACUGAACAGAGAGCUCUCUCAGAAAACUCCACCAAGUAUGCGGCUGAAGUUGAUAGCAAACAACACAACAGUGGAGCGGAGGUUCAGUUCAUGGAUUGGUGGUUCAAUUUUGGCUUCUCUGGGUACCUUUCAACAAAUGUGGAUCUCUAAACAAGAGUAUGAAGAAGGAGGGAAGCAGUGUGUAGAAAGGAAAUGCCCAUAGACUUCACCCUACGAGAAACUGCUGCCUUCCCAAUGCUCCUUAUGUUUCAUAGCUUUAGUGUACUCAGGAAUGGGAUGGAAUCUUUUGUAGAAAGUUUAUACUGUUUUGGUUUUUUGCAUACUUCAAGAUCCAUUUUUACAAACCUUAGACAUUGUUUAAAAGGCCUAACUGGUCCCGUCACAGAAAAUGGAUGUUUCAUCCCUUGAAAUGCAAUAACUCUUAUUAUAAGUAUUUUAUAAUUUUGUAUAAAUGUCUAUUUUCUCUAAAAAUCUUUUCCUGUGGGUAGCUUUACAGGUUAGCUGGUAGAUGCAAUGCUUUGAAAUGCCCUUGCAUCAAAUUUAUUAAAAAAAAAUCUUGUCUACUUUUACAGAUUAGUCUUCCCUGUUGAUAUGCUGUCCUUAACAAAUUACUCUAAUUUGUCUUUUAAAAAAAUAAAAUGGUUCCGUUUUCACAUUUUGAGCAACACUGGUUUUCAGCAAGCAUUCAUACUCUUCUGUAAUUAAUAAACAAUCCAGAUGGAAAACUAUUUUUUAUACUUAUAUCUAUCUGAGGCAGCCCAUUUCAAUCUAAACUGUGAAGCUGCUGCAAAUAGCACUAGCCUUGUAGUGGAAAAUGUUCUCUUGAUAUUCUCCUCUUUCAUGGUGUACUAUGAAGUAGUUAAGGCCCAGAAUAUAGGCUAUGUAUAAAUUUGGUUCUAAAACUAUUAUGAAUAGAAGUGAGUUCAUUUCAGUGAAUAUUUGGCAUAUACCGUACUUUCCACCUUCAGAGGUAUGAGAAUGCACUUAGCUUAGACAACGUGUGUGAUCUAGGUUAGUAGCGUAUUCAUUUUAGAGAUUGGGAACCUGAGGCAGUGACUGCCUAAAGCCACAAAGGAAAUUUUGUGUCCAAGCUUGGUUUACAAAUCAAGACCACCUGGCUUUGUUCUGUAUUUAGAUUCCACCCCUGCCAUAAUGAAGUUUUGGUUCUGAAUUUUAAAAUUCCCCUGUUAGAAAAGCAGUGCCCAUUUGUUCUUUAAACCAGUGAUCUCCCCCGCAGUUCGGCCAGGAGUCUGAGCGGCUUUUUUUGUUAUUGUUGCUUCGACGGUUUGGCUGGGAGCAGGGGGUGCGUGCUCAAAAAUUUUUUACUGAUGGGGUGCACGAUCAAACGAGUUUGGAGACCACUGCUUUAAACAAUUAAAAAUGGCCACAUGAAAGCUCUUGACACCCUAACAAUUAGGUUUACAAUCUAAUAAUGAUAAACCAAUACCAAUGAUAAACUGUAUAAAAUUGUCAUACAGGAAAUAAAUGAACACAGCUCGCCAAUAACUUAAAAUUGAAAUGCUCCUUUAUCUCCAUGGAAUAGACCCCUUAACCUCAUCAACUAAAUGACUUUAACAGCAUGCCUUGAUGGUCAUCAGUUUGGGCUAUUUUGGAUCGAAGGAGAGACCAAGUUCCAGAUUCUCAGGGCUGUCGGCUGCUAGCACCGGCUCCUCUCAAAACAAGGCAGGAUCCAACUCAAGUGCCUCUGACUGCAACUGCAGUAUGGCAUACAGAGAGGGGUGAUCAUUGUGGUAGUCAGGGUAGGACAAAUAAACUGAUUAGGAGAAACUUAAAUGGUGAAAGUAAACAAGACUCUUAUAACUGUACAACCACAUUCAAGUGCCAUUAGUGAAAUGUCAGGAUGUAUUGAAUAUAUGUUAACAGGGCAAGGAGAAAAUAAAGUUGACUUUUAUUAUUACUCUCUACACUUAAGAAGGAAAACGCUAUGAUGCAGAAUGCCAGAGCCUGUUUAUGUGUAUAAAUAAUGGAAUAAUUUAUACCCCUCUAUCAAUUAUAGAGUGAGGGAAAGCACACUAUACUUUCUUCUAGGACAAAAAAAAUUAUAGUAUGACUAAAAAAAAUCACUCAUCUGCAACAGUUAACUAGUGCCUUUCCCAGAGCAAAAACAACUUCAUCUACUUAAAAACAAACCCCUCCCCACAUUUUUUGCUGUUUAUCCUUUAUGCUGCAAGGGAAUAUUUAGGAAGGCUAAUAUUUUCUCAGGUAUUUGAUUCCAUCACAACUUGUCCUAUUUGAUUACUUUUGUAGGUGGUAGUGUUAAAUGCAGCUAGUUUUGUGGAAGGUUAUGUUUGUAAACAGUGAUUCUACUUUAAUUUUGUAAAAGAUUCAAUGAGUGGUUAUUGGUAUGCAACUCAACUCCUGUUCACUAUGAAAUAGAGUACUAAAGAUGAGUUAGCUCUUAUGUCUUACCUACUCUAUCUAGGUAAAAGUAGAGUUUCACUUAGAGACAGGAAAAAGUUCUCUUCUGCAUUGACUAGGACAAUUAAUUGAAUCCAAGGUGGUUGUUGCUGCAUAUAGCAUGGUUGAAUCUAGCCACAUCUGUCCUUUCCUUCAAAGCUACUUCUUUCAAACAGGUACUGCUAACUGUACUCUUAAUUUUUAAUUUAUUUCUUAACUAAACACUCUGGAAGACCAAAAAUGUUCUACAAGUGCAAGUCAGGUGCAUUGAAUGGUUUUGUAAUGGAAUAAUUGCCUUCUGUACAGAUAUAGCUUUUAGGCAGCUCAAGUUACAUACACAUUUUCAGUGUUGCAGAAUUAUAGAAUUCAGUUGUCCCGUUGAUUAAGUCUCCAUAGUAGAUCCCAGCACCAGUUGCAUUCAAUUAAUUAUCAAUUGACAGCUAACAAAUAUCUUUAUUAAUAGGGAAGAGCUGGGUGCUGCUAUGUACAUCUUAGUAUACAUCAUACAUGAAACUACCUAAACUUUAAUUGCAAAUAGCAAAGUUGUCCUUAACUUGUUACUUAGGUAUCAAGUGUUGUGCUACUAAUAAUGCAAAUAUUUAUUUCUGAAGAAUAUUUGAAAGCUUUCCCCUGCCAGGAACAUAAUUAGGCUGCAGGCUCUAAUGUGAUAAAGCAAAGAGCCAGCAACUUACAAAAAUAAGUGUAGGGCUAUGUUAGAAAAUGUCAACAUUUCCACUGAAUCUACCAAAGAUAACCAGGAAUUUAGCCUGUGCUAUCUUCAAGCUACUCCCUCCUUACUAAGAAAACUGGGAGACAGCUAUCAAGCCAGAUUUAAAAUUAAUUUGACUGAGACGUGCCCUAUCUAUUUACCAUUGCUUUCUGUAGAGAUGUUGCUCUUGAACUUUCUAUUCCUUUCCCUUACCUACUUGAUUUCACAACUAGGUGGUCAGUUUGCUGGUGUAAUUUGCUGCCUAAUGCAUUUGUUAUUUUGUUGUACUUAAAUAGAGCAGUCCAGGGCACUGGACAGCUGCUAUAGCUUGUAUAAUGUGCUAUGCUAAGUG